CCCUCGUAAUUUUGCCGAAUGCCGACCAAAAAUCAACAAAGACUUUACCCUUGUUGACUUUACCGCUCGUUAAUUGAAUCGAACGUGGACUUUAAUUUAAUUGUGUGAAUCGAUCGUGUCCACCGCUUGCAGAUGAAAUGAGGAAAUCUUGAGGAAAACGGUAGAAUUAGAAUCCAAAGCUCGAUGGACGGAAGCAGGAAGCGGUCCUUCGAGGGCCAGGAUGAGGAGGAGAAACCGGCGGCGAAGCGUCCGGCGGAGGCGUCGUCGACCGCCAAACGCAUGAUGGCCAUGAUGGGCUUCAAGGAGGGCGAGGGUCUGGGCCGCGAGGGCCAGGGCAUCAAAGACCCCGUCGCCCUGAGCACGCAGCGCGGCCGCAGGGGUCUCGGCCUCAAGGUGUCCGGCUUCGAGUUCACCGGCGAGGUCGACUUCGACUGGGACUCGGAGGUCGUCGAGGCCAAGGAGCAGGUCACGUGGCUGGCCCCCUACGAAGGUCCUCGACCUCUCGACUGGGCGCGCUGGAUCACCGAGGGCAAGGAGAAGCUCAACAUCGACGACGAGGACAAGUUCUGCGACCCCGAGGUGUUGCGGUCGGUGCUGAAUUCCAAGUCCGUCUUCGACCAGCUCGACGACCUGGAGCUCCGCAAGGCCCGAGGACGGUGCAACCCUUUCGAGACCAUCGGCAAGAUGUUCUUCCAGAACAGGGCGGCCCUCAAGAUGGCCAACCUGGACGCCAUGGCCGACUUCAUGUUCACACAGCCCAAAAACAUGCAGGACCGUCCCGUGGUUGGGGAGGGCGAGUUGCUGUACUUUGCGGACGUGUGCGCCGGCCCCGGAGGCUUCACCGAGUACGUUCUGUGGCGCAAGGGUUGGUUGGCCAAGGGGUUCGGCUUCACCCUGAGGGGAGGCAACGACUUCAAGCUGGAGGACUUUUACGCGGCCAGCACCGAGACCUUCGAGCCUUGCUACGGGGAGGACGAGGACGGCGACGUCUUCAAACCGCACAACAUCGCCCACUUCAAGAGACACGUCCUGGCCAACACCGAGGGCCACGGCGUCCACUUCAUGAUGGCCGACGGGGGUUUUUCCGUCGAAGGCCAGGAGAACAUCCAGGAAAUCCUGUCUCACCAGCUGUACCUGUGCCAGUGCCUGGUGGCCCUCAACAUCGUCCGCCCUGGGGGCCACUUUGUGGUCAAGUUGUUUGACGUCUUCACCCCUUUCAGCGCCGGCUUGUUGUGGCUCAUGCGACGCGCCUUUCACCAAAUCAGCAUCAUGAAACCAAACACCAGCAGACCUGCAAAUUCCGAAAGAUAUCUUGUUUGCAAGUGGCGCCUGCAUGAUGUCUCGGAAGUGGAGCAGUUGAUGUGGACAGCCAACGAGAAGAUGCAGAGUCUGAAAGGAAGUGGCCGGACCGUCCUUUCGCUGGUGCCGGAGGACGUGCUGCGAGCCGACGAGCAGUUCAUCGAGUACCUGAAAGAGUCCAACAACGAGCUUGGGCAGCGCCAAGCCGUGUCCUUGGCCAAAAUCAAAGCUUUUUGCCAAAACACAACCCUGUACGAGCCGAGACAGCUCGAGAUGAAGAAGGAGUGUCUGCAACUGUGGAAUGUGCCGGAAAAAACGAGGACGGCGCCUCGCACGAUGAGGCCCGAGGACGUUUUCGCCAAGCUCGGCCUCGAGUGGCGCCAGAUUUGCCCAGAACUGAACCCGCAGAUUCUGGAGAAGAAUGUCAAAAUGCUCGAGUGGCGUUGCUACGCCAUCAACUCGGGGCGGAUGAACAAAAAGUGCACCCUCUUCUUAAGUGUUGGGAGGGGCCACGUGUACCUGCUGGACAAAAGCAGGUGGAGCAAGGUGGACGUGGAGAACGUCAAGAUGGAGCUGCCGGCGGAAACGUUGGUGUUCGGCGAGCUGGUGUCGGAGCUGCGGGGCGAGGCGCGCGCCCAGAUGAGCAUCAAGGUGCUGCACGUGAUGGACGCGUUCGUUCUCGGCGGCAAAAGGGUUGACCAGCUGCCCUUUGAGCAGCGGCUGGACUGGUGCAGGGUGUUUGCCAAGGCCGUCGACAGGCCGUCCAGGACCGACCUGACCAGGGUGUGCGUCAAGGAGCCCUUCCACCUCGACGACCUCGACUCUCUCUUCGUCAAACUGACGACGAAGAAGAUCAAGCAGCUGAGUGGGGACCGGAAAAUGUGCUUCAUGCUGGACGAAGGCGAGGAACAGUUCUUCAUGGUAGGAGGACUGCUUUUCGUCAAGGUUGUUAAAGAACCGUGGACCGUGGCCUUCAGCAAGUCCUUGAGACGAAAGUACUUGUUCAACGUUUCCAACGGACAGUCGACCUACGAGCUUCCUCUUGAAGCAUGCACUGACUUCGAAACGAGCAUCAAAUGCAGACUGAUCUGGUGGUGGGACGACAAAGUCAAUUUGGCCAUGGGCGAAGACCCGGACAGGCUGGACAAAAACGUCGUGCACCGAGUGUCGCUGGUCGAAGAAAUGGAGAAGCAGAAGAGAAAUCUGAAAAUGGUGUAAAGCGUCAAUUAUAAAAUUGAUAGGUUUUCGAAAAGCCAGAAAUUUUAAAUGUUUUCAAAGAAAAAACUCGCUAUUCAAGUUAGCGAAACGACUAUGUUGAUUUUUAUGCAAUUGUGAUUAUUGUCAAUGAGUAUCUGCAGUGAAAUGCUGAAAUAAACGAAA